ACCUGAGAACCCUUUUUGGGGAAUGCCCCCUGUCCAGGCCUAGCAUUCUUGGUCGGAAAUAAACAUCCUCACCACGGUGUCCGAUGCAUGGCUCACCUGAGUAGGUGCAUUUUUAAGGUAACGACUCCGAGCCAGGGCCAUCACAUGGAGAACAGCACCAGUAUUUGGAUUACGCAGGCUGUGUGGAUUGGCGGGAAUUUCUACAAAAUAAUUCCUCGUUGCCCCAUUGCUCUUAGAAGGUAUGCUUUGUUGGAUGACCGGCGCAGUUUGAGCUAGCAGGCCCGAGGGACACUGUAAUUAUAUUCGCUCCAUUGUUUCACGGUGAUCAGCGACGACCUCGACAGCACAGGAUGACUGGCCUUAUACGCCACCUUCGUAGCAAUAUAAAGUCGCCACCUACAGCGUAAUAAACGACCAGCUUACCUGUCUUUCUUUUUGUGUUGGCUACCUGAGGAGGCUCGCACGACACUUUACCAUCAUGUUCUCAUACCGCCCUUCAUUCUUGGGAUUACUUCCUUUCGUCACCUCUGCGUUCGCCACGCUUUACCAGGACCCGUCAGGCCUUUCUCAAAAUGCGACAUACGACUACAUUAUCGUCGGAGCUGGAGCCGGUGGUGGCGUGCUUGCCAACAGGCUGACUGAGUCUGCUGAAGUUAAAGUUCUCUUGAUCGAGGCGGGAGGAAGCGACUACAACAACCAAGAGAUCUUAGUCCCUCGGCUCGGGGCCGGACCAUUGAGUAACUCGCCAUUCUCUUGGAACUUCACGACUACCCCGUCUCCCGGCCUGGACAAUCGUACGCUGUCCUACCCUCGGGGCUUUGUUCUUGGCGGUUCUACAUCCAUCAACUUCAUGGGGUACACUCGCGCUGCUCGAGAUGAUUACGACCGUUGGGCCAGAGUUACGGGAGAUGAUGGAUGGUCAUGGGACAACCUCUACCCUUACAUGAUCAAGCUGGAGAACCUGACUGAGCCCUCCAGUCACGCCAACGUCAGCGGAGAAUACAAUCCUGCCGUCCACGGUUACAAAGGACCGCUCCAGACGAGCUUGACAGGUUUCCCUUUGUCGACGGAUAGCAGAGUUCUGAAUGCAUCUGCCCAGCUUUCGGAGGAAUUCCCGUUUAACCUUGACGUCAACUCUGGUAGCCCUCUUGGACUCAGUUGGUCGCAGACCACGAUUUCGGAUGGUGCACGGUCGAGUUCGGCGAGGGAUUAUAUCGCUCCCGUUCUCAAUCGCUCAAACCUUGACGUUGUAGUCAACACCCAAGUCACGAAGAUCGUACAGACUGGAACAUUGAACGGACUCCCGGUAUUCUCAGGUGUAGAGUUUGCGCAGAGUGCUUCUAGCCCUGUCUACUCAUUGAACGCGACUCGCGAAGUCCUCCUGUCGGCCGGAUCCUUCAAGACGCCCCAGAUCCUCUUGUUGUCCGGUAUCGGCCCCACGGAUGUAUUGUCCGCUGCUGGCGUAGAGACCAUUGUCGAUCUGCCCGAUGUCGGAACCAACAUGCAGGACCAUCCCCUCGCGACUGGUGUUUGGACCGUCAGCUCUAACGACACACUUGACGUGUACAACCGCAACACCACUCUCCAGGCCGAGGCUCUCGAGCAAUGGCUAAACAACCGCACCGGAGUGGACGUCAUCUCUGCUGGAAAUCAAUGGGCAUUCUUGAGGCUGCCAUCCAACUCGUCUAUCUAUGAAAACGAGACUGAUCCGAGUGCGGGACCUACGUCCGCUCAAAUGGAGCUUGGCUUUGCGGAUAGCUUCAUUUCGUUCACGGAGCCGGCACCUGCAAACGGGAGCUUCUUCUCGUUAACUGUCAGUGCCGUGUCUGUCAGUUCCCGUGGGUCCGUCACUAUCAACAGCACCGACCCCUUCCAAUACCCCAUCAUCGACCUCAACUUCCUCGCCACCGACAUCGACGUGUUCACCAUGCGCGAAGCCAUCAAGGCUGCCCGGCGCUUCGUCGCCGCGCCUGCAUGGUCCGACUGGAUCACAGGCGAAUACGGAUCAUUCGCACAGGCCCAAACGGACGACGAGAUUGAUGCGUACGUGAGAGCCGGGUCGUUCACGAACGCCCAUGCGUCGUGCACAGUGCCGAUGGGCAAGACGGGCAACGACACGAGCUUGGGAAGCGGAGCAUUGAACUCGGAUUUGACGGUGAAGCAGACGGUCGGGUUGAGGGUCGUGGAUUCGACUAUCUUCCCCUUCAUCCCGUCCGCGCACACUCAGACCCCGACGUACGUCGUCGCUGAACGCGCUGCCGAUCUGAUCAAGAAGGCUGAUGGGCGCUACAAUACCAACUAAUGAGCUACUUCCCCUUUUAUUUAUGGAAGGAUCAAUAAGAUCACCAACACCGCUCUUUUCAUCAUACCUUUC